AUGGCAUUCUUUAAUGGUGUUAGAGCUUCCUGGAGUUGGCUCUGCAAUUUGGUGAGACCUGAAGACACCAAGGUCUCUGCUUCUACUUCUGUGGAAUAUACUGAUAAUCCUUGGCAUGAACUGUUUAAACUAAUACGUCUCAUAGAUCCAUUUGAUUAUCCUAAUUCACCAAUUGUGAGAUGUCAAAAAUUUAGUGACUCUGUACAAAACAAUUUUGAAUAUCUUUGGCACAGUAGACAAUAUAAUGAUGCUGGAUGGCUGGUCUUAGCCGCUUUGGACAAACUAAUGAAUGAAAAAUCGCAUCUCCAGAAACAGAUAAGAAAUUUGAAAGUUUCUCAGUGUGUCAUGAGUGAAAAUCUCCUCUCUUUUAGCUGCAAGGCUGAGAUUGCAGAAACCCAGACACAGUCCCUUAUAAUUCGAUUGGCUGAACUACAAUGUAAAUUUAAUGCUCAGCCUCGAAGGGUAUCAGAAGCAAAGGUGAGGGCAUUGGUUGGGAAAGAGUGGGAUCCCAUGAAUUGGGAGGAUUCUGAGGAAAGUGAAGAUACUGAAUUUCUGGAUGCUAAUGAAGUUAUUUUGCCUGAGGGAGAGAUUUCCCCACCUGAAAUGGCAGAGGCGUUACCACCUCCACCCGCUGCUGUGCCCAUAACCAGGCUCAAAUCACAGAAAGCGCCUAAAGGAGAGAUACAUACUGUGACCCAUGAAGAGGUUUGCUAUACUCCCAAAGAGCUUCUUGAGUUUUCCAACUCUUACAGGCAGAGGCCUGAUGAGCAAGCAUGGGACUGGAUUUUACGAGUGUGGGAUAAUGGUGGCAAAAACAUACAUCUGGAUCAGGCUGAAUUUGUUGAUAUGGGCCCAUUAAGUAAGGAUUCUGAAUUUAAUGUCAUAGCUUGUGGAGUGAAGAAAGGUGUUAAUAGUUUAUUUGGAUGGUUGGCAGAGAUAUGGAUCAAAAGAUGGCCCACUGUGAAUGAGUUAGAGAUGCCUGAUAUUCCAUGGUUUACUAUUGAUGAGGGGAUUCAGAGACUCAGGGAAAUGGGAAUGCUGGAGUGGAUCUGUCAAGUUAAACCUAAUCCUCCACAUGGGGAUGAUCCAGAAAACAUACCCUCCACCAGCACCUUGAGAAACAGAUUUGUGAGGAGAGCACCGACAUCCUGA